AUGGCCCUCACACAACAGCAGCAGGACGCACUCGACCAGGUCCUCGCCGUCACAGCCUCGGCCACCGACGGGUCGAGACAGCGGGACGAGCAGCUCCUCAGGGAGAACGGCUGGAACGUACAAGCUACUAUCGAGCAAAUAUUCAACCUCACCGACCAACCCGACUCCGCUCCCUCCUCUGCCGGGCCUUCACGCCCCACAAACCGAAGCACCAGCGCCGCUUCCGACCAGCCUCAUGCCCCCCAAAGCUCUCGCCGUUUAUCUGGUACCCCAACCCGUCCUCGUGCCCCCGGAACAUCAGGCGUCGGCCUCGGAAUCUGGGAUAAAGUCUUCUUACCCUUCACAUUCUUGUUCUCGCUGUUCACUGGUGCUUGGUACUUUAUGAUCCGCACUUUCCUCCCCUUAUCUUUCCUCCCUCACCUGCCUUACUUUCUCCGUCCCCCAUCGCCUACUCAGCGGAUCCCCCGCCCAGCCCAAGAUCCCACCGCCACCUCUCUCGCAUUCGUGCGCGACCUCGAAACGCUCACCUCCGCCUCUACAUCCCUCGGUACCCUCCCCGAGCUCUACAUCGGGCCGUAUAGAGAGUUUCUGACGCAUGUUAGGAAAGAAGCGGUGGUGGGGAUGGUGGUGCUGGUGAGUAGUGAGCAUGAGGAUGAUGAAGAGUUUAAGAGAGGGACGUUGGCGGAUAGAGAUGUGGUGAAGGUGCUGAGGGAUGAGAAUGUGGCUGUUUGGGCCGCUGAUAUCUCGAGCCGAGAGGGUUUCCAGGUCUCACAAACGCUCUUGACAACAUCCUACCCCUCCAUCAUAUUCCUCUCCCUAAACCCCUCCCCCUCCUCUCCCAAACUCCAGAUCCUCUCCACCGUCGCCGGCCCACCGUCCAGCACAACCUCCCCAACCUCCAUCCUCCACACCCUCACAACCUCCAUCCUCCCCCGGUCCAAACCAUUUUUGAACCGCUUGAAAGCGGAGAAAUUCAGUUUGGCCGAAGCCCGGCAUUUGCGGGCUGCGCAGGAUAAGGCGCUGAGGGAGGCGGAGGGGAGGGAUAGGGAGAGGAUGAGGGUGGAAAAGCAGAAAGCCGAAGCUGAACGACUGAGAGCUGAGCGGGAGGAGAGGGAGAAGGCUGAGAAAGCCGAGUUUGUGCUGGGGAGACAAGUUUGGAGACGAUAUGCUCGAAAACACCUCCUCGAACCUUCCUCCGGCCCUAUCAGAGUCGCCCUCCGUACACCAUUCACCUCCGAACGUCACAUCCGCCAAUUCACCCCCUCCCCCUCCACUCUCCCGCUCUUCACAUUCGCCUCCACCCUCCUCAUCCCCGCUUCUCAGUCCACACCAGAUGACCCCGACUCAUUCCCCUCUUCCCCUGCCUCGAUCGACCCGACGUUUGAAGGGCAUGAAAAGGGUGAAGAAGGGGAAGAAGGUGAUUGGGAGUUCAACCUCAUCACUUCUUACCCUAGACACGUUAUCAAACCUGUUCGGGCAGGAGGGGAGGAGGUUUGGGAGUUGAUCAAGAAGAGUGGGGGGGUGUUGUUUUUGGAGAAGAAGGAUGGGAGGGAAUGGAAUGUGGAAAAGAUGGGAGAUGAGGAGGAGGAGGAUGAAGAGAUUGUUAGUGAUGACGAGUGA